AUUUUUGCACAGCUCGUUGCGUGAUGCACGGGAAAGAGGAGGAGAUCUAAAUCUUUCUGUCUUACACUUCCCAGCUGAUGCUUCUGAGGCAGAGCAGAGGUGACUGCGAUGGCUGACAUCCAUUAUGACAAUGAAUGGGACACGACUGCCCUCUGGACCAAAGAUCGUCCACCGUUCUCCUCACCCAUCAUCAGGUUCAGACGCUGGUUAUUUCCUGGUCUGACAGCUGUGAUCCUGCUGAUUCUGAUCAUAGUGCUGGGAGCUACCAACACGAAGAUGUCGAAACAUCUGUGGUCAGCGGAGCAGAGAAUUUCCAACCUGAGCAAUAUCGUCCAAUCACUGAACACUUCACUGCAUCACGCUCAAGAAACAGCCAAAGAAGUGAAGCAGCUGCAGUUUGCUGUUGAGAACAACAAGGACCAGCUGAUCUCAGUGUCGGAGGCGCUGAAGCAGCUGUCGGUCAUCGACUCACUCCGCAAGAACUUCGAUGCCAUCAAAUGUUCCCUCGAUCGCAUCAUCAACAACAGUUCAGCUACAGGUGCUUGUUGUCCUCUGGGUUGGACUGUGUUUGAAUCCAGCUGUUACUACUUCAGCAGGGAGUCUCUGUCCUGGAACCAGUCCAGAGACUGGUGUGAAAAACAGGAAGCUCACCUGGUCAUCCUGCUCACCAACAAGGAGUGGGACUUUGUGACCAGUACGAGCAGGCCUCAGCAUUACUGGAUCGGUCUGUCUGACUGGAGGACUGGAAGGUGGGAGUGGGUGAACCGGACUCCCUACAGGAUUGAGCGCAGGCGGUGGCGCCCAGGGCAGCCCGACAGCUGGACUGGACACGGUCUUCAGGGGGACGAAGACUGCGCUCACCUUCAUGAUGAUGGACGCCUGAAUGACCAGCACUGCUCCAUUAAGCUGCGCUUCAUCUGUCAGAAACACAGCAUGAAUAUUUGAACACACCUGCUGUCCUGGCUCCGCCCACUAGCUGCUCUCUGAAACUUCCCCAUUAAAGUAAAAGAUCAGUAAAGGAAUCACUGAGAAGUUCUAAUAUAACGUAGAGCUCUCCUUCUGUGGACUUCUUGUUCCAUUGGGGGGCGCUGUUGAGCUUCUCCAGAAGGAAUAAAUAAAGUUAGAUUAGAUUAAACUUAAUAAAGUUUAAUCUAAUGUAAUGAAUGGGACUGUAUGGAUUCUGUGGGUUCACAGCUUCUAUUGUCCUGGAGUGAAACACCUUUGUGAGCAUUAGGGAGUCCACAGCAGCAGCUUCAGUUUGUUCUUAAACUAACCCUGUGUGUGAUUCAGAACAUCACCAUCUCCAGGUGACUAACAGAAGUCACUUCAAUGAUGUUCUUGGAGGAUUCACCAGUCAGCUCCAUGUUUUGGUUCUUUUUAUAAAAUGAAGUACAACCAAAGUGUGAAAGGAGGUGGAGGAGAGUCUGUACUCAUAACUGUAUCCAUAAACCUUUUUAAUGUGUCUGAUCUCUAAAUGUUAAAAUAUGACUUCCCUGUGGCUAAAAUGUAUCCACUCUGUUCAUCUGGUGUGAAAGUUAUCCAACCUCUCAGGUUAAGGCUAUAUAUGCACUCAGUAGGAAUCCACCAAUCAGAGCACAGAGACAGACACUGACCAAACAAUCAGCCAACAGAUAAUGAGACUCUGCCAUGUUGGGUGUUUGGAGUGCUGAGUUAUGAGUUACUGUUAGUGAGCUCAGUUAGAUCCAAAGAGUGUACGGGUGCAUCACACAGGCAUGAAUACCUGCUAAUUAGUAACAUCCAAAUAAAAUACUAGGAUUCCACUGACCACUAGUGGAGCUUGUUUGUGUAAUUAACUGCAAUGUAAGCAGUAUUCCACUCUCACCCCCACCACCCACCCGGUACACAUCAGUAUUGUAGUUUACUAAUGUUUGCUAAGAUCAGUCCAUGUUCACAUGUAUAGUUUGAGAAUCCUCAUUCAAGCUGCUUUUAAACAUGUUUGUACUUCAUUUUUCUUCAGUCUCUUAUAAUCAAGAAGCAGAAAACGGUUUCUCAGCCUUUAAGAAUAAAUGAGUCAU